AUGGAGGGCGGAUAUGAUGGUGUAUCUGACCGACGCCAGGAACAAAGCUCCGACAUGCAUAUUGCUGUUAUGGGGGUUACAGGCGCCGGGAAAAGCUCCUUUAUCUCACUACUCAGCGACGAAAGGCCAACGAUCGGACACACUCUCGAAGCAUGCACACAGCAUGUGACGCAGUAUUCAUGCACCAUUAUACCAGGACGAAACGUAUACUUGAUUGAUACGCCGGGCUUCGACGAUACCAAUCGCAGCGACACCGAAGUAUUACGGGAACUCGCGCACUGGUUAACCACAUCGUAUGCCAACGACAUAAAGCUGACGGAGAUAAUAUACUUCCACCGCAUUAGCGAUGUGCGCAUGCCAGGAUCAGCGGUGAGGAAUAUCUUGAUGUUCAAGAAGCUUUGUGGCGAGCAUGCGCUGAAACAUGUUGUGCUUGCAACGUCCAUGUGGGAUAAGGUUUCGGAAGACGAGGGAGUCAAGCGGGAGAAAGACCUCGUUGAGCGUCCGGAAUGGUGGGGUGGGAUGAUUAAUAAAGGGAGUAGGAUGUUUCGGCAUCGCGGGGAUCGUGCUUCUGCAGAGAGAUUAUUAAAGCAGUUUUUAAGCGUCGCUGCGCCUACUGUGUUGCAUCUGCAGCGGCAGAUGGUGGAUGAAGAAAUGCGUCUAGAUCAGACGAGUGCUGGGAUUGAACUUGAACAUGUUCUUGCACGAGAAAGAGAGAAAUUUCAGCGUGAAUUAAGCGAGGCGAAGGAAUAG